UGGUGGUUCCCACCGCGACAUUGGACAGCGGCAGUCACUUAUUGAAUCGUCCAACAAAGUUCAAGUAAUUAACAUGGCUGACGCUGCUCCUCGAGGUGAACGUGGUGGAUUUGGCCGCGGCCGUGGCCGUGGUGGUGACCGUGGCCGUGGCCGUGGUCGCGGUCGUGGCCGCGGUCGCGACGGCGACAAGGAAGGCUGGACCCCUGUGACCAAGCUCGGCCGCCUCGUCAAGGACGGCAAGAUCGAGUCGUUGGAACAAAUCUUCCUCUACUCGUUGGCGGUCAAGGAAUCCGAGAUCGUCGACUACUUCCUCAAGGACCGCUUGAAGGACGAAGUGAUGAAGAUCAUGCCCGUGCAAAAGCAAACCACCGCCGGUCAACGCACCCGCUUCAAGGCGUUCGUCGCUGUGGGCGACCACGCCGGCCACGUCGGCCUCGGCGUCAAGUGCGCCAAGGAAGUGGCCACCGCCAUCCGCGGUGCCAUCAUCAACGCCAAGAUGAACUUGGUCCCCGUCCGCCGCGGAUACUGGGGUAAGAUGUCUGGUCUUCCCCACACCGUGUGCAACAAGGUGACUGGCAAGUGCGGCUCUGUGCGCGUGCGCCUCAUCCCGGCUCCCCGUGGUACCGGUUUGUGCGCUGCCCCUGCCCCCAAGAAGCUGUUGGGCAUGGCUGGUAUCGAAGAUUGCUACACGUCGGCGCGCGGCCACACCCGUACGUUGGGUAACUUCGUCAAGGCUACGUUUUACGCGUUGCGCGCGACGUACGCGUACUUGACCCCGGACCUCUGGACCGCGACCAAGUUCCAAUCUACUCCUUACCAAGAGCACUCGGACUACUUGAGCAAGGCCUUUGUCAAGAAGUAAACGGUCACAUGUUGACGAGAGCUCAAGGGAAAGCGCGAUUGGACGAGCGCUACGGUGCGUAGGUGUCGACCCUUGGCAAGUAGAUUGGUAGACGUAGAAGAGGUUGGCAUGGAAGGAGAAGGAGUGGAGAGGUUGGGAAAGCGGCAACGCUGCGCUGCGUGGUGGCGACCCAACACAUCUCUUCGUUUCAACGCUUUUCUGUUGGCUUUUGACGUUUAUUAAUGUAUGGACUGCUCGA